AACCCACACCACCAACAUGGCCGCCGAGCGCACCCUCUCCGUCCCCCUCCCACACCCAGUUUUCUCUGCGGCUGCGCGGCGCGGAACCUUAUAGGAGUUGUAGUUCUCCCAUGCACCUGGGGCUUGCUGCUAGACGUGGGAGCGAACUACAAAUUCCAGAAUGCCGCUCCGCCGAUCUUAAGGGGCCAAUGGGAGGCUUCCCCCCUCCUCCCUCCCCCCCGGCCAUAGGGAUGAUGUCAUUGCAAAACAGGCAGGGGAGGUUUCUGCACUGCAAUUCAUUGUGCUACGCUAUAGCCUCCUCCCCCUGCUGCUGAAGCACUAGGGCAGUGACUAAAUCUCAAGCAAAGGGGAGGGGGGACCAUAUAGACAUCCCAAGGGAGCUGCAAGCCCUACCCCAUGUCUAGGUGAUUGAAUCCCACGUUGUGUCUUGUUUUAUGGUCUCGCAAGGGAAGGGGGGAAAUCCCAAAUCCAGCUGUGUAAAUGAGUAUGGAAGAUUAUGAUUUUCUGUUCAAAAUUGUUUUAAUUGGCAACGCUGGCGUGGGGAAAACCUGCUUAGUCCGACGCUUCACUCAGGGGCUUUUCCCACCAGGUCAAGGAGCCACUAUCGGAGUUGACUUUAUGAUUAAGACUGUGGAGAUAAAAGGUGAAAAAGUGAAGCUGCAGAUCUGGGACACGGCAGGGCAGGAGAGAUUCCGGUCCAUUACGCAGAGUUAUUAUCGCAGCGCUAAUGCAUUAAUAUUGACCUAUGACAUAACCUGUGAAGAAUCCUUCCGAUGCCUUCCCGAAUGGCUGAGAGAAAUUGAACAGUAUGCCAGCAAUAAGGUCAUAACUGUGCUAGUGGGUAAUAAGAUUGAUUUAGCCGAGAAAAGAGAAGUCUCCAAACAAAGAGCUGAAGAAUUUUCAGAGGCCCAAAACAUGUACUAUCUGGAAACUUCUGCUAAAGAAUCGGAUAAUGUGGAAAAACUCUUUCUGGACUUAGCUUGCCGGCUGAUCAGUGAGGCAAGACAGAAUACGCUUGUGAACAAUGUGGCAUCCCCAUUACCAGGAGAGGGGAAAAGUAUCAGCUAUUUGACUUGCUGCAAUUUCAAUUGAGGGCUGGCCCAAGAUCCACCCCAAAAGGGCCAAGAGGUUUUUUGCUGAGAUUUAUCUCAGUGAAGGCAAUUCCUGCCACUUUGACCCAUCUGACUCACACCUAAGUCAGGUUCCUGAUCUUAAAGCAUGGCAGGCUGGCCGCUCCACCUGCAAGUCAACAUAGCAGAAUAUAAUAUGGUUUAAUCUUUUUUGCAGUCUCUGGAGUUGGUUAGGAAAAAUAGUUUGCACAAGGCGCUCAUUCAAAUCCAGAGCAUGGGCUGCUACGUCACUUUCUGUUGGAGAUUAGAACAGCCUCCCUGGAUGAUACGG